AUGUCUUAUCGAAAGUUGAAGAUAACCGAAGUUGGAAGUGAUAUUACAAUUGGAGCAGAAAAUCGUAAUUUAAUUCCUUGUGCAUGCGCAUUUCAUCCAAGAGACGACGUAUGCGCAAUUAGCUAUGAAAAUGGAAAAAUUCGUUUGUACAGUACAAUUAAUCAAACAUUGAAACUUCUCAAAGAAUUUUCUUGUCAUUCUAAUUGUAUAUUUGCCAUUCAAUGGAUCAACGAUCGUCUUCUUUGUACAACAUCUGGCGAUCAAACAGCAAUUAUUUAUGAUAUUGAAACGGGUUUAGAAAUUGAUUGUCUACGAGGCCAUACGUCAAGUGUGAAAAGUUUAUGUAUACUACAAAAUAGUCCGAAUAUUUUAUCGACCGGUGGACGUGAUUCUGUUGUUAAUGUUUAUGAUCGGCGUUAUUCAAAAAAAAAGGGUUCAUUGUAUCCAAUAAAUUCGAUUGAAUGUGCUCAUGUUAGCACGACAACACUUCAAAAAUCAGACAGAAAAGAUACCCGUAGCGUUACUGCUGUAGAAUUUGAAAAUGAACAAAAUUUAUAUUCGUGCGCUUCGGCUGACACUGCCAUCAAAGUUUGGGAUCUUCGUUAUACAUAUUCAAAAUAUGGUCGCAUACCAAAACCAAAACAUGUUUACGUUGUACCACCGAGAGAUGUCAAAUCUAUGAUUAAUCGUCUUGUGGGAUUUUCCGAUAUGAAAAUGGAUUCUAAUCGUUCAGUAUUAUUUGCUAGUUGUACAAAUAGUAAAAUAUAUCAAUUUGAUCUUAGUUCAACAACAAGUUCACAACAAGUCAACUGUUACAGUGGUCAUCGUGUUCAUUCAUUUAAUAUUAAAUUAGCAAUAAGCCCAUAUGAUCAAUUGCUAUUGACGGGCUCAAGCGAUUUUAAUGCAUACAUUUAUAGGGUGGCUCAGCCAAAUAUUGAACCAGUCAAGAUUGAACAUAAUUUUGAAGAAGUAACGGCUGUUGCAUAUCAUCCAACAAAUCCAUUUACAUUUUUAACUUGUUCUGAUGAUUUCCAUAUUCGUUUAUGGCAUAUGGAUUUUGAAGAUGAAUCAGUUGACGAAGAAAUUCGUCUUUCAAUUGUCAAGAAAAAUUCAGAAAGUCACUUGAAACAUCAUAGUUUGCCAACAUUAUUGAAACAUCGUCAGUAUGGCUUUAGUUGUCAUAAACGUAUUUUAUCAUCGUUAUUUAAUACUCCUUCGAUCAAAAUUGAAUCAUCCAUAAAUUAUUCUACUCAUUUACAAAAUCGAAUUGUCAAACGAGAAAAAAAUCAACGAAAAAAACGUACAGUUUCAGAGGGUUCAGAUACCGGUGAUGAAAAUACAAUAAACAAUACUCACAAUGGUCAACAAUCAUCCACAUCUAAACAAUCAUCUUCAAAACGUCUAUGUCGUUCAUCUGAAUUUCUUUCCCCGUUCGGUUCAUCAUUAACAUUACUGAAAUCUGUUUCAACAUAUGAUACUAGACAAAAACCAUUAAUUGAAAUAACACAGGAUGAUGGACAAUUAUUAAGUAAAUCAGAUAGUUUUUUAUUAAAAAAUCAUCAGCAACAUGAAAAAACAUUAACAACAGUAAAUCAAAAUUUAUUAUUAUCGAAAUCGCCUUUGCGAUCAUCGAUGAUGAACAUAGAUAUGAUUGCAUCCAAUUGA